AUUAUUAGGAAAAUAUUUUAUCUGUCUCGAUGCCUGUCAGCUCGUGGACCGCAGCAUGGGAAGGAUUUCGGUGACAUUAUCUACAGAGAAGCUUUUUAAAGUUUUAGUCAUUGGGGAUCUGGGGGUUGGGAAAAGCAGCAUUGUCAUGCGUUAUGUUAAUAAACGCUUUGAUGAAACAUACAAAGCAUCCAUUGGAGUUGACUUUGCCCUAAAGACAAUUGAAUGGGAUCCCAAGACAGUGGUGAGACUACAGCUUUGGGAUAUUGGAGGCCAAGAGAGGUUUAAGAACAUGUCCCGAGUGUACUACAAAGAGGCGAUGGGAGCAGUAGUGGUCUUUGACAUUACAAACAGCUGCACCCUGGAGGCUGCCUCUGAGUGGAAGCAAGACCUGGAUACCAAAGUGCGUCUUGACAGUGGCCAACCGAUCCCUGCUGUCCUGCUGGCCAACAAAUGCGACCUGACGGGGAGGGAUGGAGCCUUGGUGUCCUCUCUGGACAGCUUUUGUAAAGACAACAGCUUCCUGGGCUGGUUUGAGACUUCUGCUAAGGAAGAUAUAAAUAUUGAAGAGGCAGGUGCCUUCCUUGUCAAACAAAUAAUGCUGUGUGACACCAGCCUGUCCGCUGAAGAGCACCACUGGGAUAGGAUCAAAGUGAACCAGACUCCCACGGAGAGUCAGAGUCAGUCACUGUGCUGCGGGAGAUCACUGUUCUGA